AUGAAAUAUAGGGUGGUAAAAAGUUGUAUAUGCAUAUUUUUAAUUUUUUUAAUGUCUGCGAAAAAUACAAUGGGCUUAAAAAAAAAAUUAAUGUUUACUUGUUUGAAUAAAAGAAGAUUGAUAUCUAUGAAUAUAAAAAAGAAGGGAAUAAUAUAUUUGAACAAAAAAUUUAUUAAUAGUUUAAUAUAUACAAAAGAAGAUGAAAUAUACAAAAUUAAUGAUUUAAAAGAAUCUUAUAAAUUAAGAGAUGAUGACAUUUGGGAAGAAAAAGAUAAAUAUAUAUCUAAGGAACAUACAAACAAUAUAAUUUCAAAUAGUUUAUGUAACAAAUUGUCUGAUUUAGAAAAUAUUAAAUGUGGAAAUGAAGAAGAUAAUAUAUCUUGUUCAUCAAAUUUGAGCAAUGGAUUUACACCUUCAGAUUAUGAGCUAAGGUUAUAUAAAAAUAAAUAUAUGAUACCAAUAUACUGGAUAAAAAAGUUAGAAAAAUUAAAAAAUAUAAAUGCUAUUAAUUGUAUAGAAUAUUUAAAAGGAGAUAAUUUGCUAUAUUUUGAUCAUUACAAAAAUAAAGGGUUAUUGAAAUUUUUAAAUGAUGAAAAAAAAAAAUAUAGUAAUUGCAUUAUUUUAUCACGAGUUGGUGAUUUUUAUGAAACAUAUGGUUUAGAUUCUAUAUUUUUAAUUGAAUUUUUAAAUAUAAAAAAAAUGAAUAAUAAGUUGUCUUGUGGUUUUAUAAAAAGUAGUAUAAAUAAAGCGCUAAGUAUAUUAACAAAUAAUAAUUUAAAUGUUUGUAUAUAUGAAGAAAUAAAUGAACAAUCCUUUAAAGCUAAAAAAAGAUAUCUAUCUCAAAUCGUUACUCCUGAAAUGCCAAUAUAUUUAAACAACAUACAAUAUUGUUUUGAAAAUGAUAAAAAUAAAGAUGGAAUAAAUGAAGAUAAUACUAACAAUUCAUUUCCAAAUUAUGAUGAUUUAGACAUAAAAGAAAUUGUUUGUAUAUAUAUUGAAGGGAAAAACAUAUUAUCAUUAAGUAAAAUUAACUUAAGUUUAAAAACAAUAUCUAUAUAUGAUAAUAUAACAUUUGAUGUUUUAAAUGUUUAUUUAAAAAACACAAACUUUUUAAAAGCGUAUAUACACCAACAUAACAAUACAACGUUUACAAAAAAAAUAACAGAGUUGUUUAAAAUUGAAAACUAUUAUCUUUUUAACAAUUUUAAUAAUAGCUUUGAAUUUCAUAUGUUUAUUUUGGACAAAUUAAAAAAGCAUAUUAAUAUUAGUGGAUUGUUUAGGGUUAUAAAAAAUAAGAAUAUUUUUAACAUAAGUAAAGAAAGCAGAAAUUAUGAGAAUGGUGAAAAAAAAUUAGAACAAAAUUUCGAAUAUUCCUUUUCUUCAUAUUGUACACCAUUAAACAUUUUUACUAGCUAUAAUAUGGGUUUAUAUAAACAAAAUAAUUGUUAUGAAAAUCGAAAUAAUUUUUUAUUUUAUAAUAUUAUUGAUGUAAAAAAUAAAAAUUCGAAUAGUAUAAAUAUCGCAGAAUCACUAGAAUUUUUUAAAAAUUUAUUUAUUUUUUAUCCCCCUUUUAGUGUUGCAAAACACAUAAGAUAUAUAAAUGAAUAUAUUCAAAAAAAUGUAGAUACAUUAAUAAUAUCAAAUGUUAGACCAUUUAAAAAUAAUAUAAUUAUUACCCUUUUGUCAAAUUUUAAAGCAGAUUAUAUAAUUUUAAAAAAAAUAUUAAGUAAUGUUUUGGCAGUACAUAAAUGUAUGAAUACAUAUGAUUAUUCCUUUUUAUCAUCAUUAUUUCAUGUUUUAAAUCAUCAAAAUUCGUUCAAAUUAAAUAUAAUAAAAUUUUACAAUUUAUUAGAAAAUAUUAAAAAAAUAUUAACAACAAAUUUAUAUUUGUCUAAUUCUCAAUUCUCUUAUCAUUCAAAAUGUUUUGCAUUUAAUGAGUUUGUUUUAUAUCAUGAAAGUGAAACGAGUAAUAUUAUAAAUGAAAGUUUACUGACAGAGCAAAAUGAAGAUCUAGAAAAAAAUCGAAAUGCUUUGUUACAAACUAUAUUAACCCAGUAUGGUGGAAUAGAUGAAAAAGAUGAAGAAUAUAAAAUAGAGGUACUUAACAAAGUUUUGAAAAUUGAUAAUUCAAAUGGAAUUAUAGGAGUUAAACGCGGGAAAGGAGGGCUAGAAAAAAGUAAAAAUAAUAAUAAAAUCGACAAAGUUGGUAAAAGUGAUAACAAUGAGGCUCAGAUUUUUUUUCAACCUUUAAACAAAAAAGGAGACAUAAUGAAAAAUAUUUUUGUAACAGAUGAUGUUUUAAAAAAAAUCAAACUAUAUUUUGCUUCGAUAAAUAGAAAAAAAAAAAAAAUAAAUGAAAUAAUUAGAAAUAUUAAUAUGAAUUUGUCUUCUUCUGUGCACAUUCUUUCUUUUGUAUCAAAUUUUCUGCAAAUUGUUCAGGCAUUUUAUAACCACACAAUAAAUAGUAUAAACCGCGGUUGGAGCUUACCAAUAUGUAAACAUUUACAUGUAAAUUAUGAAAUAAAAGAUUUUCAAACAAUUGAAGAAAAACUAAAUUUUAUUCAAAGAAAUAUGUAUAAUAGUUGUAAAGAAAAUGAAAAAAAUCAUAAAGUCACGCAAAUCGAAGAAAAAAUUGAAGAGUUAGAUAAUGGAAAUUUUUUUAGUAGCAACUCAGAAUUAAAAGACGAAGAAAAUAAUAAAAUUUUAGAAAACCUUGAUAAAAAUAUGAUAGAGGAAAUAAAAAAAAUUUAUAAUAACAAAAAUUAUACUAAUGAUACUUUAACAUAUAUAAUAGGAUUAAAACCGUAUAAUAUAAAUAAAGACAAUGUUACAAAAUAUAAUGUUUUGUUGAAAAAAAAAAAAAUUAUUUUAUUGACAGGGGAAAAUAUGAGUGGGAAAACUACACUAUCCUUCACUAUUAUGUGUAUUUUAUUUUUAUCAAACUUAGGAAUGUAUGCGCCAUGCGAUAAAAGAAGUAUUAUUGGUAAAUUCCGAGAAUUUUAUAGUUUAAAAAAUAUUAAUUAUCAAGAGCAAAUUGAAAACAUGUCUUUGUUUAGGGAACAAACCCAUUAUAUAAAUUCUAUAAUUGAAGAAAUAAAAGAAAAUUAUAGUAUUAACAAAAAAAAUCCUCGAGAGGAAGAAAUUUUUAUUCUUUUUGACGAACCAUGUAUAGCUACAACCCCGCUCGACAAUGCAGUAAUAAUUAGUGCCGUAGCUGAAUAUUUGAAAAACUAUUCUGGUAUUAUUAUAUCUCACAAUUAUGAUUUAUUGAAUAAAAUAUAUCAAAGUGAAAAUAUAGAAUUUAAGAAAAUUAACGAUAAUGUAAAUUAUAUUAGAAAUCAACCAAAUGAUUGUGUAUUGACAUUAAAAGAUGGAAUUUGUAAAAACAGCCAAGCUUUAGAAACUUGUAAAUAUACAAAUACAGAUUCUAAUGUUUUAAAGCUUUUAAAAAUAUAUGAAAAAAAAUAUAAACUUAUAUACAAUCUUAGUAAUACAUUAUAUUAUAAAUUUCUAAAAUAUCUUAAGAAUAAAAAAGAAAAUAAAGUUGAUUUGAAUAAAUUUUUUGAUAAUUUUUAUGAAAGUUAUAAAAAUGGAAAAUAUAAUAUGGAUACAAAAAAUGAUAACAAAGAUGGAAAUACGGAAAAUUGUGAAUAUGCCACAGAUAUUUUUAAUUUCAAUGAAAUAAAUGAAAUAAUAAAUCAUGAAAAUAUAAAUGAUAAUAUAAACUUGGAUACAAGUGGAAAUAAUAAAUUUGAACUUUGUGAAAAUAACUAUAAUAGUUAUAUGAUAAAAGAAAACAAUUUGGAUGAAAAAGAGUCUGAACAAAAUAGAGAAAUAUCGAUUAUAUGUAAAGAUAAUAAUUUAAUAAACAUAAAUAAUGAUGAGUUUUGUGAAUAUGAAAAAUAUUAUGAAAGUGAAUUACAUGUUGCUAUUAAAAUGAUUGAAAAUUUUAUAGGAAAAAAAAUAAUGUAUGUUAGAAUGGAUGAAGAUAUUCCUAUAUUUUUUAAAAACAAAAGUAUAGUAUAUAUUCUUUGUAUAUUUGAAAAUUUUAAAAAGGUCAAAAAAAAAAAACCAUAUUUUUAUAUUGGAAUAAGUGAUAAUAUUUCAGAAAGAAUAAAAUAUCACACAAAAAAUUUAUUAAAAAAUAAAAGUCUAAUAAAAAACGAAAAAAAAAAUAACAUAUUAAAUUAUAAAUAUAAUAUGACACGAUUUUAUACAUUAUUAUUUAAUGUUGAAAAUAAAAAUAUAGCUGCAAAAUAUGAGAAACAGCUAACUGAAUUUCUAAAAAAUUCAUAUGAUAUUAUUUCGAAAUAG